CGUCCCGUUGUGUGUGCUGGGCCCCGCGCGGUGCAUUGUGGGUGCUUGGCGGAACGAUGGCGGUGGCGUAGGGCCUGUGUAGCGCGGGGAGUGCGGAGGCCGCGGUUAGUUAAAAUGACGACAGCGGCGAGGCCAACGUUUGAACCUGCAAGAGGAGGAAGAGGAAAAGGUGAAGGAGACUUAAGUCAGCUAUCCAAACAGUAUUCCAGCAGAGACCUUCCUUCUCAUACUAAAAUCAAAUACAGACAGGCCACUCAGGAUGCUCCUGAGGAGGUGCGUAACCGGGAUUUCAGAAGGGAGCUGGAGGAGAGAGAACGUGUCGCUGCAAGAGAGAAGAACAGAGACAGGCAAACCAGAGAACACACAACAUCAUCUUCUGUGUCUAAGAAGCCUCGGCUAGACCAGAUUCCAGCAGCAAAUCUUGAUGCAGAUGAUCCCCUUACUGAUGAAGAUGAUGAAGAUGAGGACUUGGAAGACAGCGAUGAUGAUGACACUGCAGCUCUUCUGGCUGAACUGGAGAAAAUCAAGAAAGAACGAGCUGAGGAACAGGCUCGAAAGGAACAAGAGCAAAAGGCUGAAGAAGAAAGAAUUCGGAUGGAGAACAUACUGAGUGGAAACCCACUGCUGAACCUUACCGGCCCAGCACAGCCUCAGGCAAACUUCAAAGUGAAGAGGAGAUGGGAUGAUGAUGUUGUCUUCAAGAAUUGUGCCAAGGGUUUAGAUGAAUCCAAAAAGGACAAAAGAUUCGUGAACGAUACUCUGCGAUCAGAAUUCCACAAAAAAUUCAUGGAAAAAUAUAUCAAGUAGUACAGUUUUAUGUGCAGUGGUGCUGAAGGACUCGGAAGGUCAUGAGUGUUCCCUCCUUUUCCCUCAGAAUUCAAGGCUGAAUACUUGGUCACGAAUUCCCAAAUGCUUUUCCAAGAUCAUCAACAGCUUCAUAAUUCAUAAUUGCUGUGUAUCUGGAGUUUUUAUUCCUGCAGUAUGACUUCAUUUUCAGUUCUAAUUAAAUCAGUUUGCGUUUCAUGAAUGUUUUUCUGUUCAUACACAUUUACUUUUUACUGGCUGCCUCGUCAAUGGUGGAGAAAAGCUGGUUUGCAAUAAAUACUUCCAGUUGCUUAAAUUGCUUUCCAAAGCAACCCGUAUUUGUACUGAUGGUGGUUUGUAACUUCUGCUACUUACGUAAACAUCAGUAUUAUCAAAGAUGGGGAAUGGCUGAGUAUGAUAAGCAGCGUGAACUGAAGAGAGCUAUAUGUUCUGCAGCAAAUUGGACUUCCUCUGAAUAGCUUCUUAGAAACUUAGUUAAUAAUCUUCCUUUUUACUUUCUUUUACUGUCAACCAGGUUCUGGUUUUGGGAGGUAGCUCCAGGUUCUUAGCAGUCCUGCUUCCUGGGCUCUCCUGGCUCAGCACUUGUGGAGCAGCACCAGGUAAUGCUCGGGGAGCCUUGAGCAGGGGAUGCUCUGUGGAACCAUCGCAGUUUUCCAUUGCAGUGCUGUGUCCCUCAGCCACAGCCACGUGGCUGCAUGGUUCAGUCUGUGUGUGCGUGGUUCAUUACCAACAGUGUUGUCAGAAACUUGCAAGUGAGUGUUUUUAUUAAAGGAGUGAUCUCUUCAAGAUAACAAAGUUUGCUUCUUGAAUGUCCAUCCUAAUGCUUAAUAGGACAGUAUAAAAUAUGAACAAAAAAUAUCUUGGUUGUAAAGGGAUUUUUUUUCUCUUCUUUUCAUCAUCUUGGUUGCAUUUGAAAUCAUGGCCAAGUGAUGCACUGGGUUAUGAACCUAAUGUUUGAAAAAUGUGGUAGUUUCCUCUCUACCCAGAGGUUACAGCAGCAGAACUCGGAUGUGUUUAUGUAAAAUUCUCACCCUUUUCCUUGCCUGUGUUAUGCUCAGUCUUGUUCAUUCUCCCAGACACCGUUUCAUAGUAAUGUUAUUAUUUUCAAAUUCUUAAUUUGAAAAUAGAUCUGGUUUUCUUUUAAAGAGAGUAAAUGUAGAGCACAGUGUUUAAUUUUUGUUGGGCAUGUCUCUGGUAUCCUGUAAAAGCUUUCAUUACCUUUAGCUGUGUUUUCCACCCUUUCAUUAGUUUCCUAAUGCCAGCAGCUAAUACUCGUAUUUAAUUGGAAGCAAGAUUUUCAGUGUGCUUAAGGUCAUGUGAGCUCCUACAUGGAGGAAUAUGUGUUUGUUUCUUCACAGAAACACAAAGAGUGUGUUCAGCCUGGAGAAGAGAAGGCUCUGGGGAGACCUUAUAGCAGUCUUCCAAUGCCUAAGGGGGCCGACAAGAAAUCUGGAGAGGGACUUUUUACAAGGGUAUGUAGUAAUAGAACAAGGGAGAAUGGUUUUAAACUGAAAGAGGGGAGUUUGAGAUUAGGUAUUAGGAAGAAAUUCUUCCCUGUGAGGGUGCUGAGGCGCUGGCACAGGGUGCCCAGAGAAGCUGUGGCUGCCCCAUCCCUGGCAGUGUUCAAGGCCAGGUUGGACACAGGGGCUUGGAGCAACCUGCUCUAGUGGAAGGUGUCCCUGCCCAUGGCAGGGGGUUGGAACUGGAUGAGCUUUAAGAUCCCUUCCAACCCAAACCAGUCUGGGAUUCUUCUUCAAACUGCCUCAUGAUUCUUGGAAGCAGAAAAAGAGUUUUUAAUUCUCUAUUUUAAAGUUACUAAAAUCUAUAGGCAGCUUAUUUAGAAGAGGAAAGAAGCAAAGAGCUGUACUUGCGAGGGUCUGGCAGUGGAGAAGCCAGCUACUGCUUCAGGUCUGACCAACAGCAUGGUUGUCACAGCAACGACAAAAUUACACUGCUCUUGCAGUAUUACAAGAUGUAAUCACUGUGCCAAAGCGAGCGUGCAGUUGUAUCGGAGAGGGGGAGAUGCAGC